AUGUCAUCACGCUUUACAUCCCCCAUCUCCAAACUCACCCGCUCCUUCAGCACGACUCCGGCCGUCGCUCGGCCGAGCCAUCUCCUCAACAAGACCUCCAAGGUAGCAACAGCCGUCAGGAAACCCAACGCCGUCGCCGAAGAAGCCCCUUCCCAACGCAACCACUCAAGCACCACCACCACAACCCCUCACCGCCCUCUCCCAACAACCCAGGGUCCGUCCAAAACAAUCCCUUUCAUGCAAACCUUCCACCACUCCGCCCCGAAACCCUCCCCGACCACCUACGCCACAAUUGACCGCGCCGUCCUCCCGGACCUGUCCUCUUCCUCCUCCUCCUCCGAAUCAGCACAAUACGACCCCUACCUGCAUAUCCGCGUUCCCUUACUACCCGACAGCACCGCCGCCUCCCACAGGCACAACCAGCCCGAGGCGGCCGACGCGCCGCUGCCGCCGCCCGAGAUCCUUGUCGUGGCGUCCAAUCCGGAGCAGGUCCUCCCCUCGGCGUUGACCGAGGUCGAGGGGAUGGGGGUGGAUGGCGUCGAGUUGGGGUUUGUGCAUUUGCUUGGUAGCCAGGAGGAGGGCGGGGAGGGAGAGAGUUUUGAGAUGGGGAGGGGGAUGAUUCGGGAUUUGUGGAGGGGGUUGAAGGAGGAUGUUUUUGGGGCGGGGAGUAGUAAUGGUACGAGUGGUGGGAAGGCUGCUGUUUGA